CAUUCCAACAGCACCAGUUUAAGCUUCUCUUUCUCUCUCUCUCUCUCUCUUUCAUAUGCUUUUUCAUUCAUUUCAAUACACACACCAACCUUCUCUUUCUCUCUCUCUUCUUUCUCUUUCCUUCUGUUGAAGACAACAAACACAGGAUUUGACAGCAAAAAGAUUCUGAAUUUCUGAGGUUAGAACUAAGAAGAACAAGAGGAAGAAGAAAAUGGGUGAAACAGAACAUCACCACCACCACAACCACCAAGCACCGCCACCAGUUCAGGCACCACCACCAGGUCCACCACCGCCAAAUCUUGGUCUUUCAAGGGGUCCCAUUUGGCAACCAGCUGAACAGCUUCUUCAGCUUCACUACUGCAUCCAUUCCAACCCUUCUUGGCCUGAGGCACUUCUUCUGGGUUUCCAGCACUACAUUGUGAUGCUUGGGACGACAGUUUUUAUUGCAACCACCCUUGUGAAUGCAAUGGGUGGGGAUGCCGGUGACAAAGCUCGUGUGAUUCAGACAUUGUUGUUCAUGUCUGGAAUUAACACACUACUUCAGUCUUGGUUUGGUUCGAGGCUUCCGGCGGUGAUGAGUGGAUCGGUUGCUUUCAUUCUUCCGGUGCUGUCCAUCAUAAAUGAUUACACAGACAUGACAUUCACAUCGGAGCAUGAGAGGUUUACCUAUACAAUGAGAACAAUUCAAGGUUCUUUGAUAGUUUCGUCUUUCAUCAACAUCAUCCUUGGUUAUAGUAGAGCCUGGGGGAAUCUAACAAGAUUGUUCAGUCCGGUAGUCAUUGUACCGGUCGUAUGUUUGGUGGGUCUUGGGCUGUUUGCAAGGGGCUUUCCACAGCUUGCGAAUUGUAUACAGAUUGGACUACCUAUGCUCAUUCUAUUGGUCCUAACCCAGCAGUACUUGAAGCGCCUUCAUCACAUUACACAGCAUGCUCUUGAGAGAUUUGCUUUGCUUAUUUGUGUUGCUGUCAUUUGGGCAUUUGCUGCUAUCCUCACCGUGGCCGGUGCAUACAACAAUGUUAAACGAUCGACACAGUUUAGUUGCCGCACGGAUCGUUCAUAUCUCAUGUCUUCUGCUCCAUGGAUUAAAGUCCCAUACCCGUUUCAGUGGGGUACCCCAAUAUUCAAAGCUAGUCAUGUCUUUGGUAUGAUGGGAGCAGCACUUGUUUCUGCAGCCGAGUCUACUGGUACUUUCUAUGCUGCGGCGAGGCUUUCCGGUGCGACAUCCCCUCCUGCAUAUGUGCUCAGCCGAAGCAUUGGGCUGCAGGGUCUUAACAUGCUUCUCGAUGGCAUUUUCGGUGCUGUUGUUGGUACUACUGCCUCUGUGGAAAAUGUAGGCUUACUUGGUCUAACGCACAUCGGGAGCCGAAGAGUCGUCCAAAUAUCAUGCGGCUUCAUGAUCUUCUUUUCCAUCUUUGGGAAAUUUGGAGCCUUUUUCGCAUCGAUUCCUUUACCAAUAUUUGCUGCUAUAUAUUGUGUUUUAUUUGGUAUUGUGGCUGCUGUUGGAAUUUCGUUUAUACAGUUUGCAAAUUCCAAUAGCAUGAGAAACAUGUAUGUUUUGGGCCUAUCCUUGUUCCUAGGGAUCUCAAUAUCUCAAUAUUUUGCCAUGAACACGGCUCCGGAUGGUCACGGUCCGACCAGAACAAAUGCCGGAUGGUUUAAUGACAUCCUUAACACCAUUUUCUCGUCUCCUCCAACCGUCGCUAUAAUUGUCGGUACGAUUCUCGACAACACCCUCGAGCACAAGCAAAUCGCCGAGAGAGGACUUCCAUGGUGGGUACCUUUCCAGAAUCGGAAAGGAGACGUUAGAAACGACGAGUUUUACCAUUAUCCUCUACGGCUUACUGAGUAUAUACCCUCUAGGUUUCUCUAAAAGCAUUCUCCAAACUUGUAUCUAAACCUUGCUUUUAAUUUUAAGCAUAGUUACAAGAAGAACUCUCAAAUAGCCCUUGUAAAAUAUGGAUAAGCAAUUUUUAUCAUUGGCAAAUUUUACCUUAACCUGUAUAAAUGGAUUUUUGACAUAUAAUUCUUUUUAUGUUUUA